GCCCCCACCGCGCCGCCGCCCGGGGCCGAGCGCGGACGCCGAGCGUGGGAGCCAUGGCGCGCGAGGAGGAGAGGGACCCGGAGCGCCGGGAGGCGGCGGCGCGGGCCCGAGGCGAGGAGGAGGAGGAGGAGGGAGAGGAGGGACUGAGCGAUAGCGACGACGAGGACCAAGACCAGAAGACCGGCAGCGGCGAGGAAGAGGCAAAGGAGGCUGCAGCGGCGGCUGGGCGGGAGCGCAGCGAGAACGCGCGGCUGCAGAGCGCAGGGCUGCCUCCCGCCUCCGUCCCCGCCGCGGCCGCCCGCGACCGGAGCGGCCGCCGCCCGCCGGGGCCCCCGCCGGGGCCGCUGCCCUGCCUCCCGAGGAUGCCGUCGCCCGAGGAGGAGGAUCGCGAGCGUCGCCGGAGUCGCCGGAGGGACCUUCUGCUGAGCCAGCUCUGCUUCCUGGCCUUGGUGGCGCUGCUGCUCUGGUCGCUGUCAAGCAUGCAAGAGCAUAAUGCUCUUGUGGAGAAAUGUGCUCACAACAGUUGUCCACCGAAAACAAUUUGGACCGUGGGGUGCAGCUGUCUAAGAAACAGAGGAAAGACUUGGAAGAAUAAUUGUUGUAAAAUGGUUUUAUAUCCCAGCCAAUCAAGCGACCUUGACUUCAUGGAUCUCAUAGGGGAAGACCGACAGUGGACGCUGGGGAGGAAGCUAAUGCAGGUGAAUGACACUGUGACUUCAGAAGACACAGACCUUCGGAGCAGCAAGAACUGCACUGAACCAGUUCCGGAUGUGCUCAUUGAAGAGAGCUGUGCCCUUUUCCAACCGUAUCCCGGGAGGCCACACUUUUGUUCCAGCGAUAUUGCCUUCAUCCCACGCGUCUCCUGCACUCUUCAUUGUCAGGCCAUGUACAUGUUCUACGCACUGGCCAUUGUGUGUGACGACUUCUUCGUCCCCUCCUUGGAAAAGAUUUGUGAGCGCCUGCACCUCAGUGAAGAUGUGGCUGGCGCCACGUUCAUGGCGGCAGGCAGUUCAGCUCCAGAGCUGUUCACAUCUGUCAUAGGCGUCUUCAUCACCAAGGGCGACGUGGGAGUUGGGACCAUCGUGGGCUCGGCCGUGUUCAAUAUCCUGUGCAUCAUCGGAGUCUGCGGGCUCUUCGCUGGGCAGGUUGUGGCUCUGUCCUCCUGGUGCCUGCUGAGGGAUUCGAUUUACUACACGCUGUCUGUGGUUGCACUCAUCGUGUUCAUUUACGAUGAACAAGUUUCCUGGUGGGAGUCUUUAGUCCUUGUGCUGAUGUAUUUUAUCUACAUUGUCAUCAUGAAAUAUAACGCUUGCAUACAUCAGUGCUUCGACAGAAGGACGAAAGGUGCUGGAAACAUGGUCAACGGCCUGGCCAGCAAUGCCGAAAUUGACGACAGCAGCAACUGCGACGCCACUGUGGUGCUACUCAAGAAAGCCAAUUUCCACCGCAAAGCGUCAGUGAUCAUGGUGGAUGAGUUGCUGUCAGCCUACCCACACCAGCUGUCUUUCUCUGAGGCUGGACUUCGAAUCAUGAUCACCAGCCACUUUCCCCCCAAGACCAGACUCUCCAUGGCCAGCCGCAUGUUGAUCAAUGAGAGACAAAGACUGAUAAACAGCAGGGCUUACACCAAUGGAGAAUCCGAAGUGGCCAUCAAAAUCCCCAUUAAACACACCGUGGAGAAUGGGACAGGGCCCAGCAGCGCCCCAGACAGGGGCGUGAAUGGGACUCGGAGGGAUGACGUUGUUGCCGAGGCUGGCAAUGAGACAGAGAAUGAGAACGAGGACAACGAGAACAAUGAGAAUGACGAAGAGGAAGAGGAGGAUGAGGAGGAUGACGAAGGACCGUACACACCAUUCGACCCUCCCUCUGGCAAACUGGAGACGGUGAAAUGGGUGUUCACCUGGCCACUGAGUUUUGUCUUAUACUUCACUGUACCCAACUGCAACAAGCCCCGCUGGGAGAAGUGGUUUAUGGUGACAUUUGCUUCCUCCACUCUGUGGAUCGCAGCCUUCUCCUACAUAAUGGUGUGGAUGGUCACAAUCAUCGGUUACACACUGGGGAUUCCUGACGUCAUCAUGGGGAUCACCUUCCUGGCAGCCGGGACCAGUGUGCCUGACUGCAUGGCCAGCCUCAUCGUGGCCAGACAAGGCAUGGGAGACAUGGCCGUGUCCAACUCCAUCGGGAGCAACGUGUUUGACAUCCUCAUCGGCCUCGGUCUCCCCUGGGCCCUGCAGACUCUGGCUGUGGAUUAUGGAUCCUACAUUCGGCUGAACAGCAGGGGACUGAUCUACUCCGUGGGCUUGCUGCUGGCCUCUGUCUUUGUCACAGUGUUUGGCGUUCACCUGAACAAGUGGCAGCUGGACAAGAAGCUGGGGUGUGGAUGCCUUUUCCUGUACGGCGUGUUCCUAUGCUUCUCCAUCAUGACGGAGUUCAACGUGUUCACCUUCGUGAACUUGCCCAUGUGCGGGGAACACUGAUCCACCGGGCCGCCCACCGAGGCUCCAUUCCUUCUUUUCUGUGCAAUACAAGACCCGGCCGCACCCCGAGUCAUACGGGCCUCCAGGGCCGGGCUUCCAUCUCUCCCUUGCUGUUCACAGGCCUCCGCUCCUGCCUCAGCGGCCCAGGCGCUCCCUGCCCCCCCCCUCGCCCCUCCUCCUCCUGGGGACCUACCUGCCACCCAGCCUUUCUUGCCCACCCCUUCCUGCCCCCUCGGUGUGAAGACUUUUCAAUAUCCACGUGAAUUUUCAAGCUCCAUUUUGAACAGUGACUGAGAUUCUAGAAAAACUGGCUGCUAACUGGCCCAAGCCAGGCAAAACUUAUUACAAUCCCUCCUCCUUUUUUAAGUUAUUGGAUGGAAGACUAACCUAAUGUAUGGCCUGGGACUGUCAAAGAGCUAGCGAGGAGAGGGUACAUUGAUUAUAGGGGGUGCUUGGGAUUUUGUUCUGUUUUCAGGUGAUUCCUAGGUUAUGGGUUUGGAGGGUUGAAUCUCUUUGAAGGGGGCUCUCCCUUCUGCCCCUUUUCUUCCAGAGAUCAAGAGCUUCUCUUGCAUCUUCUUCCCCUGGGCUCUGGAUUGGUAGAUGAGCUACAGGUUGUCCCCGCUGUGUCUUGGGAUCAGAUCCCAAGCAUGUUGGAGCAUGCAUGGAUCUAGCGCUUAGUAGAGGAACAGUUGAGCCAGGCCACCGGAAAAGAUGCAUGACAUUUCAUACCCAAGUGUGCCCCCACAGGCCCACAGGAGUAACCUAGGGAGCACAAGGUUUUCUGAGGAAGAAGGCAGCUUCCCACAUGUCCAUUAUGACCUUCACUUUCUCACUAGGUUCUUUCUAGUCUUUUAAGCAAUAGUUCUAGCCUGCCUGAGGCCUUUGUCGAGGGUCCCUGGUUGAACAUCUAUUUGUGAGGUACCAGGCAGUCAGCAGCCGAAGCUUCCCGACCUGUGAGUCCCUGAGAUGUGCUGUCAUUGCUUGACAUUUGGGGUGACAGGGAGUGACCCAGAGGCCACCACUGCUUUUUGUGCAGGAAUUACAGACACUGGUUUCUUGGAAAAUGGAGAGAAGCGCACUUUGCACAGACAUCGUCAAUAAAGUCCCAAUUUGCCACUUGGUACUGAGUACACUGGACCCUGAAAGCUGGCUCUUGGGCCAGCGUCCUUCCUCCAGGACACCAUGGCCAAGCUGCCCAGCUCCACCCGUCCCCUCCUGGAGGGAUGGCAAGGGAAGGAGAAAACAGAACUGACAUCUUUGAAACCACAGAAUGUGCUAAAUGCAGACAAGCUCAAGGGCAUAAGUUAUUGUGACCAUCGUUGCCAAUCACUGCUCAACAGCCCUGCUAGAUUUUGUAUGAUGCUGAAUUAUUAUGCAGACUAAUUCCACCAGUUGAGACCCACCCAUGCUUGUUACACGUGUAUUUAUUGAAACUGUGGACUCUUGCCCGUGCUCCCCCUAUAUUUACUUUAAGCACUGAUCACUUAUAAUUCAUUCGGUAUGGUUUUCUCUGUCCCUUGUACUACACAUUCUGGUCUGAAUUGUAAAAAUAACCUGCUACAAAUUGGUCGAACGUCUCUGUCGAGGGUGCGAAAGGAGGCGAGCAUUAGCCAAUGGGGCACCUAGCUGAUGGAGGCCCGGGAGAGGAAAUCACCAAUUUGGGCUCUCAGAGCUAAGACACACUCAAUGAUUCUGUUGCACAUUUUGCACUGGUUUAUGGCGAUUGUUUUCUUGGACGGAUAGUGUAAAAUAAACUUCUCUGUUCUGUAUCCUUU